AUGGGUCCUGCCAUACAUAAUCAACUAUAUGAAUGUGGAUUAAAGACUACGUCUCAAGAUGGCUUCUUGAUGGACAAUUAUGAAACUCAAUUAUUUCAAUCGUUGAACAGGUUUAUCAAUUUCAUAAACAAUGCUAAUCAGUCAGCUAGUAAUAAAGAACAAAAUACAAAAUUUUGCAAAUCCUCCUCAAAUUUUUUACGCUUGAAACUACUAACGGUUCUAAGACAAUGGUGUGAUUCUUCACGAAGCAACUGUACACUGGAGGUUAGAGAUGUUUUGACCCAAUGGUGGGUCACACUUUUAAACUUUCUAAAUUCUGACACCUCGCUUCAAAUAGAUACUGCCCUUGAAUUGAGCUUGAGCAUAGAACUAACUUCCGUGUGUCUCGAGUGCCUCAGCAAAAUUAUGACCAUACUAAUAAUAUUGCCUUUCCAUUCAUCCAGAGACAUGGAAAUAUACUCACAUCAUCUUUUGCUGACCAUUCAUUGCAUAACAAACAAGUUGAUUUUGAUUUCUAAAAACUCCAAAAAACUUAAACGUACAAAUAGUGAUGACAAGUGCUCUAUAAACGACAAGAAGCUGCAAUACCUUAACAAAUAUUCUUCCUUGCUGCGAGCAUUCAUCGGGAAGUUAAAUGCUUACGCAUUUUUUUAUCUACCAGAAGACUUUCAUUUCGAUACAAUUUUGUUAUUGACAGUUUCUCCUCAAAUCUCUUCAAGUAUUCAAACAUCUUUGUUUUCAUGGAAGAAGAGACAAUAUAAAUUCACCGACGAUCAGGGACAAAUGAUCCGCACUGAAGCUUUUGAAAAUAAAGAUACUAAAUUUUUUAAGAUCAUUGUUUCUUAUAUUAAAAAUGAUUUUGUACUUAUGUCAUUUUAUUGGCACUAUUGGUAUAUCAUACUUCAAUUUAUGAAAUUCUCUGAUUCAGAUGUAGGAAUUAAAAAAUCGACAUUGUCAUGCAUACCUGGCUCAGAAAUUUUAUUGACGCAUGUAACCACUAGAUUCUUGAAUUCAGAUUUGAAUAAAUUCACGCGGAUUAUUAAACAAACGCCGAAUCCAAGGAUAGCAAAUGAGAAUGUGACAGAGUCACAUCCAAAUUUCAAGAGUUUGAAUAGUAGCAAUGCUUUAAUUACAUCUGAAAGGAUUAAUGAUUACGUAUUUUCUAAUUUUAAGACAAUCAAAUUAUGGGAAUGUCUUAGAAGCCUUUCAGGAUGCAUUCUUAAAGAAAAUCAUCCGGAAUACCUGGAAAAUAUGCUUUCCUUACAUGAGUCUCUAUUGAUAGACUAUGUCUCCACUAUUUCAGCGUACGAUUAUAUUGCAGCGAACGUCAUUUACAAUAAGGUUCUCCAGUUUAUUAUUUUCCAGUUUGAAAGUUUACCUUCUCUGAAAUUCAUUCAAUGGAGGUCGUGGUACAAUGGGCUUUUGAGUAUGUUAAGGACCAAAAAUGUUAACUGCCAGACUGUUUCUUUAUUAUGCCUUUUCAAUAUUUGGAAGCACGUAACCAUUGAGGACCGCGAUGAAAUAGUAAAAGUGCUGUUAAGUGAUUUUUGGGAGUCAUUGAUUUUUGAAAACGAAUUUCCUUUGAUUAGAAUUUUAUUUAUGAAGGUAUUAGUUUUUAAAAUCAUUCCAAGUGUUCAAAAUUCUUCUUCAUUACGAUUCUUGCCACAUGAUAGAAUUAAACAACUAUAUGAAGAGCUACUGGUAAACAAGGAGGAGUUAUUUGAGAUGCAAAAACACGAUUCAAAUGAUAUAGUGGCGCAUAGAAAGAAUGCUCUCGUUUUUAAUGGUAACUCACGUUUGAUGAUGAUUCCAAAAAAACCAAAUACAGAGGACCACUUAGUUUAUAAGAUUAAUCAUGAUAAAAAUUUAACUACAGAAAGAUUUCCCUCUGUCAGCUCAGUGGCAAAUACAAGACCUAACGUUAUCUUGAAAAAUGGUAAAUACGCUUAUGAUAUUUUGGACGAAAUGACAAGUAAAGCUGCCUUUCUUCUUGCAGAAAAGAAGACCCGACUAAAUCCCAAAAAAAAUCACAAAAUUAUGGAUGGCUACGAAGGAGGUCAGGAAAACGAAGAUAAUGAUGAAGACUCAGAAGAUAGUGGCUCGCAUAAAAAUAAGAGAAAGGAAGGUAAUAGUUCUUUAUCGGCAACACUGAACACUUGGCUUUCAAAAUUUUCAAGUACUUCUGAAGAUUCACAGAAGAAGAAGGAACAGGCAAAUGAAUUAGGCAACGAUUUUGAAUAUGAUGAAGAUGUGGCUGAUUUUGCAGAAAUUUUGCCGAAGCAGUCAUCUAGUAAUAUUGAAAAAAUUUUUAAGCAUGGUAACAAUUCAGGAUCAAUGGUAUCAUAUAAUUCAAGUAUCAAGCUCAAUAGGAGGGAGAAUAUAUUGAUAGGUCCACCAGAGUUGAGAUUUUCUAAUGAAAUCAAGGAACACAAUAGUAUUGCUACAAUAUUCAAACUGGUAUUUAUUCAAACCAAUAGAAGAGUCGUCGAAAAAAUAGAUUUGGCGAACAUGAAAUGGGGGACAAUCCACGGAGGCAGUAAGUACAUGAAGCCUUUACCCGUCCCGAAAGAUUUGGUUGCGAGUGUUGCUAAGAACGAAAGUGAGACGAGAAACUUAGCUACCUUAUGCGGUAAUGGUCUAGAUUUUGAGAUACCGGUGCCUGAUUUUAAUAUUUUUGGCAAAUGUAUGGAAGAUGAGCAAGAUGUAGCCAAAAUUGGUAAUCAGAAUGUGGAAGAUUUGAAAGUUACUGGGGGGCGGGAGGUGACAAUUUGGAAGCAGAUCCAAGAUAUGAAGUUGAGAACAAGGAUACAAAAAAUCUGUGUUUUAAUUGAGACGUUCAAUGCUACAGUAAGAGAAUAUUUUGAGUUUUCCAAUCGAUUAGAGCAUGACGGUAUAUUUAUAGAUUUUGAAGUGAGGAAACCUAGUAGUAAUAAUUCUAUUAAUAUCAAAGUCUGA